AUGAUCUCCCCCCAGAAGCAUGCCGUUUUCGACGUUGUCGGCACCUGUGUGUCAUUCGACUACUUUCUCGACACCAUCGAAGAAGUACUCGGCCCGCGACUGCGAGCACAUCAACUGUCAGCCAAGAUAUUCGGUUUUGCAUGGAUGCAAGCUGCUGAGCUCGAGUCUUUAAUGCUCCACAUGUCCAAGCGGAACGUGCCAUACAAGAAAGUCUUCAGGGCGCUCUUUUACCGUGUCUUAUAUCUUUCCGGGAUCCAGGACCCGAGAUCGUUCGCGACCGACGAGGAAAGAGACAUAUGUCAUGAUGCGUAUUCGAAGCUGGAACUCCGCCCGGACUGCCGCGCCAUGAUGGAAAAGUUGAGGAAUAACGGGUUCACCAUCUGGUGCUUGACCACAGGCGACACGGAAAGAGUUGGCGGCUACUUUAAGCGCGCCGGGUUUGAAAUGCCCGCUGAGAACCUCGUCAGUUGCCAUCAGUUCAUGAAGUAUGAGUCCACAUUGGAGUCCCCGCUUGAUAUGGUCAAGCCUUCGAUGGGGUCCUACAAGCCCAUGCUGAAUAAGUUCGCCCCCGAUGAUCAAAAGUGGUUCGUGGCGGCGCAUAUGUGGGAUGUGAGCGCAGCUGUUAAAGCUGGCUUCCGUGGUGCUUACUGCUCAAUUUAUGAGAAGGAGUCGUGUAUUGAUAUCUUUGAUACUAAGAUGGAUGUGAUGGCCGACACUUUGCUCGAAGUGGCGGACAAGAUGAUUGCCGUGGCUUCCUGA